AUAGAGGGACGCCUCGGAUGAUCUGGCAACUAGAAAGCAAUGGAUCACGGAGGAGAAGUGGAGGAUUGUAGGGCGUCGCUGCUGCACGGCCAGGCAGGGAAGAAGGAAAAACGGCAGGCGGCGUCGGCGUCGUCGGCGCCGGCGCCUGGCGGCAGCCUCGGGAGAAGGGUGUACGAGGAGUCGAAGCAGCUAUGGGUGAUCGUCGGGCCGGCCAUCUUCACCCGCAUCACCAACUACAGCAUGAACGUGAUCAUGCAGGCCUUCGCCGGCCACCUCGGCGACCUCGAGCUCGCGUCCGUCUCCUUCGCCUGCACCGUCCUGGUCGGCUUCAACUACGGCAUCAUGCUCGGCAUGGCGAGCGCGCUGGAGACGCUGUGCGGGCAGGCGUUCGGCGCGAGGAAGUACCACAUGAUGGGGGUGUACAUGCAGCGGUCAUGGAUCGUGCUGUCCGUGUGCGCCGUGCUGCUGCUGCCCAUGUACCUGUUCGCGGGGGACCUGCUGCGGCUCACGGGGCAGCCGCCGGAGGUGUCGGCCAUGGCGGGGCAGGUCUCCCUCUGGUUCAUACCGCUGCACUUCUCCAUGGCCUUCCUCUUCCCGCUGCAGAAGUUCCUGCAGUGCCAGCUGAAAAACUCCGUCGUCGCCAUCACCUCCGCCGCCGCGCUCUGCUUCCACGUCUCCGUCACCUGGCUCUUCUUCUCUUGGUUUCGGUUCGGGCUCGCCGGCAUCGCGCUCGCGCUCAGCAUGUCGUGGUGGGCGACGGCGCUGAUGCUCUUCGCGUACGUUUCGUGCGGAGGCUGCCCGGAGACGUGGCACGGCUUCUCCGUCGAGGCGUUCUCCGGCUUAUGGGAGUUUCUCAAGCUAUCCUCUGCCUCCGGUGUGAUGUUGUGCUUGGAGCAUUGGUACUACAGAAUACUUAUAGUGCUGACCGGAAACCUCAAGGACGCGGCUAUUGCAGUGGAUGCACUCACCAUCUGCCUGUUGAUUAACGGAUGCGAGCUGAUGAUUCCAUUGGCUUUCUUCACGGGAACUGGAGUGCGUGUGGCCAACGAGCUCGGCGCCGGCAGCGGUGAAGGCGCGAGGUUUGCAGCGAUCGUGUCGUCGACGACCUCCCUGUCGAUCGGGAUCUUCUUCUGCGCGCUGGUCAUGCGCCUCCACGGCGAGAUCGCGCUCCUCUUCACCACCAGCGCCGCCGUGCUGGGUGCCGUCGACAAGCUCUACGUCCUCCUGGCUUUCACCAUCCUCCUCAACAGCGUGCAGCCCGUGCUGUCUGGAGUGGCCGUUGGGUCCGGGUGGCAAUCCAAGGUGGCCUACGUCAACAUCGGCUGCUACUACUUCGUGGGCCUACCCAUGGGCAUCCUUCUCAAAUGGCACUUCAACCUUGGCGUGGUGGGAAUCUGGGGAGGCAUGAUCGGCGGAACCGCGAUCCAGACACUCAUCCUGGCCAUCAUAACCGCUCGCUGCGACUGGGAAAAGGAGGCCAUGAUCGCGAGCACGCGCAUGUCAAGGUUAUCGCAAGUGCAGUGAUUUAGAAUCUGGCAUAUGUUUUUACAAGUCCCUCUUUUUCUUCCUUCUCAGUGUUGGUUAUUACAGCAAGUUUCAACUUAAUUCUGCUAGAUUGCACAUAUGGAAAGAAUCUUGUUGUUAUGGUAUCACAGUAUUAACUUCCAUUUAUAUUUUUAUGAUUGCUUGAGAUUCAAGCCAUCGUAAAAGCUUUGUAUAAACAUCACACGAGGCUCAAUACAAAUUGUCCACAAUUAUUUGCAGUA